AUGUUAUUUGACAGACAUUGGUAUGCUGCGGUGAGCAAGGCGUGGCUGCAAGUCUUCAGUCUUCUAAGCUCAUCCGCUGUGAUCAGAGUCGAAUCUGAAUCCUUUUCCAGUACGUUGCUGAGAUCAGAAAGAGCAUCCUGCUUCCAUUGCUUGCCUCGUUUCUGGUGCUUCUUGGUGAUCCUGAGGAGCUCCGCCCUUGCCGACGACUUCUUUUCUGUGGCCAUCUCGUCUAUUCAACGCCAGGGACAGGAGUCGCACAACCCCGGGCAUGUCACAUCGAUGGAUCUCUACUCUUCUAGUCUCCAGGGUGGCCCGAUGAGAAUGCACACUGCAUUGCCCUGCAUUGCAUGCUGUUCCUUGUGCAACCCUUGGUGUCCCGACGCAGCUUGCUGACCAAAUCAAUCAAUUGAAACGCGAGAGCACCAUGACUUGCCGAACCCCAUUGCGAUAGACGUGACUCCUGCGCUCCUGCGCAUAAACUUAGGGUUAUGCUCGCUGGUAAGCUGUCAGCUAUUUAGCGUUCAAAGAUCUCCUGCAGGAUAGAUCUCCAUUGGGAUCAAGCUGCAGGACCACUAGGCACAUGGCUGC